UUUUCAACUAAAAUUAUUUUAUUCUUUCAGCUUUCGAAAAAAAAGAAUAAAAGAGUUUUUGACUCGUUAAGUGGUUCGGGUUUUACCGGUUUCGAUAAGAGGGCAUUCGAUUCACUAACCGGAAUAGGAUUUACGGGAUUUGAUAAACGAACAAUUGAUUAA